CUAUCCGUAUUCCGCUAACCUGCUCUGGAUGGGGAGCUGAUUACAUGGACUGCCUGCUUGCACCGCAAUGGUUAACUGACUGCGUGAGAUUGUGCUUAACUCAACAAAACCACUGCAGUGAGAAGGAGAAAACAAUGAACGGAUGGAAAUGAACAGCCCAUCAGAGAAGAGUGAUGCAUUCCGGCUAGGGCGGUCCAGGCUGCAACGAGAGUCUGAAGGCUGCAUCAGCCUCUGGAAUCUGCAUUCAAGCUGAGCCUUAGCCUUCCAUCAAAGGAAGAAUCUCUGCUGCACAAAAAGGGCUGCUCACCAGCACUUGAAACAUGGCCAGUAACCAGGCUGGCUUACAGGAUGACCAGAGCAGGCACUGCAAGCUCUUAUCCUAUAUGUUCUACCAGGCUGUGAGAGAUCACAAGCCUGUGUGGAUGCUAGAAGACAUGAGGACUAUGGAAUAUUUCUACUGGGAGCAAAAUGCCAGCUUGAGGACAUAUUCCCCUUCAGAAGCCCUGCUGUAUGCUGUGGUGCACAAUCACCUGCCUUAUGCCCAGUAUCUGCUGUCUCAUUUUCCAGAGGAAGCUCUCAAAGUGCCCGGAGAACAUUUCUGCUAUUGCCCAUCCUCUGCCCCUCACCUGGCCAUGGCUGUAACAUAUGACAGAAGAGACAUUUUGGGGCUGAUCAUCAGCAUUGCACACAAACUGCCUAGUUUGAACUCCUACAUCAACAGAGCUGGCUGCUUUCACCUGGAAGAUGGCAAGACCCCUCUGCAUCUCGCCUGUGAGCUCCUGAGGUCUGAGACAGUCCUCAUCCUCCUAGGAAAUGGGGCCUCUCCCAGGAUAGAGGACAGUAAAGGUUUCACCCCACUGGAUGUUAUCCUAGAGCAGAUGUGGGAGUCCAGAGUCAACGUAGCAACCAAAAAACUCUGCCUUGAUUACCUCUUGCUAUUCAUGCCGAAUCCCCGGUUCAAGAUGUGUGAGUUUCUACGAGAACAUCCAGAGCACUGGACACUCCUGCUAGGGGAGGACAAGUUCAACAGCCUGGUGGGGAACAUACCUGCGUCCUUAUACCUGCAAGCUAUGCAAACCAUUCUCCAGACUCUUCCACCCUCCCAUUUUCCUAAAAGCAUCCAGGAACUCCCUAUACCUCAAGCACUGAAGCCUUUGCCUUGUAUGGCCAAACAGCUUCCAACAAAAAAUAUGGUAAAUGGUUCCCCCUGAUUUUUUUCUUAAAAAGUAUAAUGUCAUCUUUAUUUUAACUUUUUCACAGUUGGGAUUUUCAAAGUCACUUCAGGCUACAAACUGAAAUCCAGAGUAUUCCCAUUUGUGCUAACGAAAUACUCUCGGGUAAGUCAUGUAAGGGCUUGUGCCUUAUGGAAUUUGCUUCCCAAGUACACUGAAUUUUCAUGCGGGCACCUUCUUGUCUCUGCUGCCACUGAAAAUCCCACCUUGAUAUGUCUGGUGUUUUCACUUUGUAAAUAUUUUGUGUAUGUUUUGUUUUUUAAUGUGGAGAAACAUAUAUGUUUAUUACUGUCAGUUGCAAUGCAAGCCUUUUGUAGCAAGACAUAGGGGGUUGCUGGAUGAUUGAAGUGUAUGCGAUGAUUGGAUGGUCUCUGUACUCUUGCAGGCAGAGUUAACGGUGGGGUUUGGAGAGGCUUUGUGUGAGAGACAGUAAGGUGUGUGCAAGAAAGUUGAGCAAGAUGCUAUAGAAUGUGAGAGAAAUCGGAGUUCUGUUAGAAGUUAUGAACCUAAGUGGCAAGAGAGGAAAAUAAUCCCAUGGGGAAGUAAUUAGCCUAAGGGGCAAGUAAGGGAAAUAAGGCUGUAUGGAGGUUAUUAGCCUUUGUGUCUAGGUCUUUUUAUAACACUUCAGACAGAGAGAGAAAAAGAACUGUUCACCUAUCUGAAACUAUCAUGUUUAUGUACCUGUCUGAAACCAUGAAGCUUAUUAACUAUAUAGAAACCAUUACGCUGUUAUAAAUAAACUCUAUUUAUGUUUAAGAAA